CAGAGAUGGAAAACACACGCUUUACUGGAACGCUUAAUUGCUAGUCCAUUCGUGUUGACCAAAAGCAUUUCACGUUGUGAUCUUCAGAUUAAUACGGUACGAAGCUCAGGUAUCGCAUGCGUUUAUUGUCAUGGUUGUUUACAUCUGAAGGCUUAUCCAUCCAGUGAUCUUUCUACCACUGUCUCCGUUAGCCACUUUUAAAACUUUCGAUUGUUUGUAAAGAGGAGGUAUUGUUUCUGUUUUGUAAUCGCCGGUUUGUUUUUGUUUCUACCUUUUGCGCUUAAACAGUUUUGUGGCAGUAGCGAGUAAGUAGAGGACAGUUACUCUUAGUACUUUUUCAUUGCAUGAAUCACUUCAAAAAUUACUAAAUUUAUGAUAUACAAUAUUUGAAGAACUUUAAAAUAUUAUUUGCGAAUACACCAAGUAAGUGUUACAAGUUGAAUCUUAAAUUGUAUUGUAGCCGAAGACUCAUUAAAUUUAAGCUAUGGUGUAUUUGUAUUUUAUAUUUCUCUUAUUUGUUUUAAAUAUUGACGUUUCGAAAGAAUGUGCUCUUCCUUAUUGGUGGACCGAACAAUACCACAUUCAGCCAUUCUACCAAAUAUCAGGUCAACCUAAAACUACUUAUAGAUACCGUGAAACAUUUCACAGAAGCGAUCCUAACAAUUUUGUGCAUAUUCAAGAAUAUAGCGAAUAUACUUGGUGGGAGCAUGAUACUUCAUCUAAUUCUAGAGAAACCAAACUUUCACCAGAAGAUAUUAAUCACAUGACAAACGUUAUCUUUUCAAAGGAUGGUAGCAUUAAUGGAAUCAUUCCCGGGAAACGUGGUGUUACUGCUGCACCAGGUAAUACCAACAGAAUGUCUCCUGGAGUCUUCGGUGUAAAAGGAGGGGCUCCUAGAGGUUUAGGAGUGAAAGGAGGGCCAGGGUUUGGAGUACAAGGCAUGAAUCCAGGUUUUGGUGGGCACGGUUUGAAUCCAGGUUUUGGUGGGCAAGGUUUGAAUCCAGGUUUUGGCGUGAAAGGUAUAAAUCCUGGUUUCGGAGUAAAAGGACUAUUUCCUGAAAGUGAUGGCACAAAUGGAAUGGUUCCCAGAGGCACCGAAGACGAAUUUCAACACCGAGAUGGUAAUACUAAUGGAAUGGUUACCCGAGCUGAUACGAAUGGAAUAUUUACUCGAGGAGAUACGAAUGGAAUUGUAACUCGAGGCGAUACGAAUGGAAUUGUAACCCGAGGUGAUACUAUGACUACUCGAGCUGAUACUACUGUCAUGUCGACAACUCGAGCAGAUACUACUACUACUAAUGGAAUGGUUACUCGAGCAGAAACUGAAGGAAUAACUAUUCCAGAUGACAUGAAUGGAAUUAUGACCGAUGACGAUGUAAUGCGAACAUCAGGCAUUACUCCUGAAGUUGAAACGAUCAAUCCUGAUCGAGAGAGAAAUGAAAAUGAAGACUUGGAUAUUAAUAAAAAUGGAGAUAUUAUGGAUAAUGACUUAGAAAUGAGUGGUGCAUCUAAAUCAUUGUCAGAACUGAGAGUAAAAGAGCCCAAAAGCAGUGGCAGUUUCUUAGGAGGAUGGUUUGGUAAAAGAUCUGGUCUUGAAAACGAACCAUGCAAAGUGUCAGAGACAGAUAUUCAUUCUCUUAGAAGUAUGAUAGAGAAAAUGUUCAGCAAGCCAAGGGAACACAUGAUAAACCCAGAAACCAAGGAGAAGGCAAGAGAAGACAUCCUAAACAAAUUCCGCAAUUAUGGCCUGCAAGUUUGGACACAAAACUUCACUACACCACCUAUUAAGCAUCCAAAUGGAACCGAAGAAUACAACGAAGGGGUCAAUCUUGUCGGUGUUAUUCCUGGAUCUCAAAGAGGACGUUUGGAUGAUGAAAUUGUUCUUGUAGGAGCUCAUUAUGAUACAGUAGCAGAUUCCAAUGGAGUGGAUGACAAUGGAAGUGGAUUGGCUGUUAUGUUAGAAGUUGCCAGAGCUAUUACAGAAGCUCGAUGCAGAUUGAACCAUACUCUCAUGUUCGUAGCUUUCGAUCACGAAGAAAAUGGAGCAAUGGGAAGCAAUUUCUUCGUCGAUCAUUAUUUAAUCCCUGACGAACUGAAGAGAGCUCGGGCCCGUUUCCAAGGAGCUUUCAUCUUAGAUGGAAUCAUGAACUAUAAUGAUAUUCCCAAUACUCAAGAACUUCCUGUGGAUUACACUGAAUCUCUUCCAGGUUUUCAAUACUUUGUGAAUAAUACUGGUAAUCGAGGUAAUUUCUUAGCUAUGAUUUCAAGAAAUGAAAUGGAUAACCAUCUGAGUAGAAAACUAAUGGACGCUUGGCAAGAUCUUGGAAACCAUCAAUACAAGCUGUUUAAUUUAGCCGUGGAUAUGGGCAAUUCUAUUCCAGAUCCAUCAGUCAUUCAGAAACAUCUGAACUUUUUAAGAAGUGAUCAUGCCACUUUCUGGUACCACAAUUCCUCCUCUCAUUUCCCGGAUUCACUGAACGCUGUACUUUUGACAGACACAGGACCUUUUAGAGGAAAAAUGAAGGAAUGCUACCACUCCAAAUGUGACGACUUGACUGUCAUAACUCCAGAAAAACUCCAAUUUGCCAAGAAGACAGCCGAUGCUUUGACAGCAACGCUAGUAGAAUUGACGAGUGCCACUGGAGCGGGUCGCCAAAUUCAAGCAUCUUGGCUCGUCAUAACCCUUCACGCCAUGGCAUUAUUUUAUGCAGCCAAGCUUUUGCGCUACUUGUGAUGGUCUUUGGAUAACGAGGAUUAAGGGAACUUUGCUUUUCAGUAAAACUUAAAAUAUUAAAGCCAAAAAUAAUCAAUGUCUGGUCAUGUUACUUUUUCGGCAUUAAAGAUGAAUCCUUUUGACGUAAACUCCCAUGAUGUUAUUAUGAGCAUAGUGUUUACUCUAUUAAAUUAUCCGAAACAUGCAGGGCAUUGAAACUUUGGCAUUUUCUGUGUAAUUUGGUGGAAAGCUUUAGCACUGUAAAAAAUUUUCCAGCAAAUAAAAAGGCGAGAAUAUUUCUUUUUAUAUCAAAAUCCUUUUCUGUUAUUAAAUUAAACCUAUGCCUUCGGCGAUUUGUAUAUGAGCUGUCUAUUAUGUAUCUGUAAAUCAUUUUUAAUGUG